ACACAUUGUUUGCGAGUGUGUAGGAGGAUAAGCGCGUCUGCUGGGGCCAAAAGCGGAACCAGGACCAGAGCGGGAUCGGGACGUGUGGGCGGCGUCCCGUGACCGGGAGCCAUCGGCUCGGAAGGCAUCCGGCGUUGACCUUCAGGGCGACGGCAGAGAAUCGGCACUCAGAGAACGUUAACAUCGCAGUCGCGUGCAGAGCCCACACAUGAAGAUGUAAAAUCAGACAUUUAAAUUUUGGUUGAUAAUCUCAACACAGACCAACCACACACAUAAAGAUUCUGUUCCAACAGUGAUCUUGAAUCUAGUCCUCUAAGACAGAAAACUUGUGCGAUCAACAUUGAACAAAACCAAAAAUAAAAUAGCAACAACCAGGAAACACAUGCCGCAACAUGGAAGAGGACUCACAAAAGGAGACUGGAAAAAACUCCUGGAGACAGCAGAAAGCCGACUUUAUAGUCUACCGAGCAAGAAUCGUCGCGCGUCAGGACGGGCGUGCGUGCGAGCGGGUCCGAGCGAUGCUGUCUACCGCCCUGCAGAUCCUGGCGUUCGCCCUGGCGCUGCUGGGAACGGUCGGCGCCACGGUGGCCACGCUGCUGCCCAACUGGCAGGUGAGCAUCAAGGUGUGGUCCAGCAUGGUGGCCCCCAUGUGGCACACGCGGGGCCUGUGGAUGGACUGCGUGUGGUACGGGACCGGCGUCUUCAGCUGCACCACCAACAAGUCCCCGCUGGCGCUGCCCCCCUAUCUGCAGACCACCCGGGCCGCCAUGGUCCUGUCCUGCGCCGUGGCCGCCUUCGGUCUGUGCCUGGCCUCUCUAGGGCUCCGUUGCACCCGUUGGGGGGGCGGCCACCGAGCCAAGGGGCAGACGGCCGUGGCGGCCGGGGGCUGCUUCGUCCUGGCCGGCGCCCUGUGCCUGGGCCCCGCUUCCUGGUUCACCUCGGAGGUGGUGGCCGCCUUCAUGAGCGCCCACCUGCCCGACAGUAGCAAAUACCAGCCCGGGGGGGCGCUCUGCGUCACCUUCGUCUCCGCCGGCUUCCUCCUGGCGGCGGGGUUUAUCUUUUGUUUGUCCUGUCCGGGCGCGGGGUCCGCCCCGCCAGACUACCCGACCCCCACGGAGCCCGACAGAUUCGCGCUAGCCCAAGUGAACCGCUGCCGCCCGCAAAGCGAAAGUCACGUUGACACCGCCCGGGCCGAGGAGACGUACGCGUCCCCCUCCAAGCGGGCCCCCAAGGACGUGAAGGACAGUUACAGCCUGCAGGAAUAUGUUUAACCCUCACAUCUAGUCUGGGGGUCUUUCAAGUCCCGUCACGAGUUCCCAAAGCGGUCCUGAUCCGCAGACCCCGCAUGCGGAUUGCGCUCCGUCUUUUCCUGACGGCACAGGAGGACACCAGCGAGCCAGCGCAGCGUGUAGGACAAUAAUCACGCUCUUAGCUUUCCAUUAUCUUCUCAACACGCCUCAGCGCGCACACGCGCAUGAAGCUGCAUGAAGUCAUCGUAUGUCUUUUAAGCUGGCCUCAACAUCAAUCACGUCAUCGUUUUGAUGAACAAAAAGAUCUCGACACAUUUGACAUUUAAAAUGAGCCACCAUUUAAAAACGACUUCAGAUGAAUGGAAACCAUUUGUGCGUAGCUUUAAGACCAACAAAUUAAGAAAAUAAAAAAUAUGCAAAUGAUGCAGCCUCUUUGGACCUUUGUGAAAGAA